CGUAAAAGUCACCCUAUCGAUUGCUGCAGCAUCAAGCCAUCGAAUAAAAUGACCAAGUGGCUACUGCCAUUCGUUAUUUUGACGUUACUCUCGUGCUCGCCGAGGCCUUGCUCAUCGGUCACUAUUUUCGAUUACGUGGAUGGACUGGCGGACUUUGUGGUCGGUGCCGCGGGCUUCGUCGUCCAGAGCUUGGUCUAUCUGAGUCAGCAGGUGAGAGACACGACGCCGUCGCAAAAUCAGGAGUACGACUUUGUGAUCGUGGGCGCGGGGACGGCCGGGGCGACUCUGGCCGCCAGACUGAGCGAGAAGCCGAACGUCACGGUGCUGCUGAUCGAGGCCGGCGGCUACGAGCAGCUCAUCAUGGACAUUCCUGUUCUGGCGAUCCUAGUCAUGUUGAAUCCAUUGACGAAUUGGGGUUACAAGACCGAACGCUCGAACGAGUAUUGCCUCGGUAUGCGCGAUCGUCGCUGCUUGCUGCCCGUGGGCAAGGUCAUGGGCGGCUCGAGCUCGGUCAAUUUCAUGCUCGCAACCAGAGGUAACGAGAACAACUACAACAAGUGGGCUCGAUUGAGCGGCGACGAGACUUGGUCCUACGACGAGGUUCUGCCGUACUUCAAGAAAUUGGAAAACUUCGGCGUCGAUUCGGCCGAUUACGACGACGAGUAUCACGGAUUCGACGGGCCGAUCAAGAUAGUCAAUCCGGCCUUCCGCAGCCGAAUGGCCGACGCGUUCGUGGAGGCGGGCAGCGAGCUGGGCCUGCCGCCGAGGGACUACAACGGCCCCGUCCAGCAGGGCAUGCACUACACGCAAACGAACGAGGACAACGGCGAGCGAGUCUCGACGAAUCGGGCCUACCUGAUACCGGCCAAGGGCCGCGCCAAUCUCCACGUGAGCAUGAACAGCCACGCGUGCAAGGUGCUCAUCGAUCCCGAGUCCAAGCUGGCCCAGGGCCUCGAGUUCAGCAAGCGCAGCCUGCUCGGAUUCAGAAGGCGCAUCAGGGUGAAGGCGCGCAAAGAGGUCAUCCUCAGCGCCGGGGCUCUCGGCACGCCCAAGAUCCUGAUGCUGUCGGGGGUGGGGCCCGCGGAGCAUCUGCGCGAGCACGGCCUACCGCUGCUGCGCGACGCUCCCGUCGGCAAGAAUCUCAUCGAUCACGUGACCUUCGCCGGCAUGACGCUCUUGGUGGACGAGGGCGCGGGCCUGUCGGCGAGCGACUUCUUCAACUCGUCGAAUCACCAGGCGGCCGACUACUUCAACGCGCGCAGGACCGGCCCGUUCACCGUCGACUCCGGUAUCGAGAACAUGGGCUUCGUCGAUAUCGACCAGCCAACGAGCACCGACACCGAGCCCGACGUCGAGAUAUCCUUUGGCGGCUUGCAGCUCGGCUACGCCUACUUUUUCCAUCUGCCCUUCAGGAUAACGCAGGAGCACUGGAACGACUACUUCUCCCAUAACCGAGGCAAACAGGGAUGCUUGAUUUGGCCGACUCUGCUGCAGCCCAAGAGCCGCGGAGAGAUAUUACUGAGCAGCAAAGAUCCCUUCGAUCCUCCCAAGAUUUUGCCCAACUACAUGUCUCACGCGGACGACCGUCGACGUUUGAUCAAAGCCGUCAGGCUGUCUCAAGCCCUGGCCAAGACCGAGUCCAUGAAAAAUUACGGCUCCGAGUUGUACGACAGACCAGUGCCGGGUUGCGAGCACCAUCGAUGGGACUCGGACGGCUAUUGGGAAUGCGCCAUCAGAACCUACACCAUCAGCUACUGGCAUUUCGGUGGCACCUGUAAAAUGGGAAAGGACGAUGAUCCUGAGGCAGUGGUUACUUCAAAAUUGCUGGUCAAAGGCAUACGUAAUUUGCGAGUUGUGGAUGGAUCUAUCAUGCCAACUGUACCCAGUGCUCACACUAAUUUACCUAUUCUCAUGAUAGCCGAGAAAAUGGCCGACGUCAUUAAAAAGGACUGGAACUUGGAUUGAACGAGUAAAUUUUAUUAUUAAUAUAACAGUGUCUAACUAAAACUAAACUUCGAUUGAUUACUCGAACCAACUGUCAAAUUUAAUCUACUCCAACUUCCUAUACACAAUUACUCACGUAUGUAAUUUUUUAGACAUUUUUUUACGCUAUCGAAAUAAACUUUUAUCAAUCACUGAUGUCGAAAAAAAAGGAAAAAAUUUCUGUGAAAUAUCUAGAAAAUUUUUAGAAUAAAAUACUUGUAAAUUGUAUUUGACUCCGUAAGUAAUCAACGACAUGAUAAUAUUACGCCUCAUAAGUUGUAAUUGUAGCAAUUUUCACGUCAUUUUCGAGUUUAUUUUUUAUCGCUCUGAAUAGAUAGAGCUGCACAGUGUUGCAUGGUAGUUUAUACAUUGCCAAGUUGAAACUAUGUAUCUUAACACAA